UAUAAGAUGGGAAAAUUAUUUCAUGUAUUUGUCAUAAUAACUAUAAUUAAUUUAAAAAUUCAAGCAAUAUAUUCCGCCAACAAUUUAUAUACAUCCGACCAGAAAAAGAUCUACUAUAUUGAAAAUGAAUAUAAGUUUUUUUUUUCAAACAUAAAGAUUAUAAAUUACAAUUAAAAUAAUAUAACAAUUUAUAGUUUACCUGGUUUGAUGCUUUAACGAAAUGCGCCAGCAUGAACAUGAGUUUGGUUACAAUUGAUGCCAAGGAAAAAUCUGACGAUAUAACUAAUUUAUUGAGCAAAACAUUUGGAGCUGUUAAUGGCAUGUGGAUUGGUGCCAUAGCCAAUGGUAAAGAUCAUCAUUAUAUUUGGAUUUCAACUGGUAAUGAAAUGAUUUUCUCAAAUUGGUCACCUGGUGAACCCAAUUUUGAAAAUAGUCAGGAAUAUUGUGUUCUAACUGGAUGGACGGAUAAAAUUAAAUGGAAUGAUGGCGGUUGUUAUAGUUUACAAGGAGUUAUCUGUGAAUAUAAUGACAAUAGUAGUCAUAAUCAAAAUGAAUUAAAAGAUUUUUAUGAGGCAAAACUAAAAGAGGAAUUGGCAAAGAAACAAGAACUUAAAACUCAAUUACAAGAAGAAUUGGCAAAGGAACAAGAACUUAAAAGUCAAUUACAAAAGGAAUUAGAAAAUGAAAAACAAAUUCAAAGUCAAUUAGCAAAUGAAAAAGAACUUCAAAAUCAAUUACAGGAGGAAUUAGAAAAGGAACAAGAACUUCAUAAUCAAUUGGAUAAGGAAUUAGAAAAGGAACAACAACUUCAAAGUCAAAUGGAUAAGAACCAACUUCUGCUGCAGAUGUUACUGGAUUAUAGAAUUAAUACUGAUGGAAGAAAUAAGUUGAUACAUGAUGUAGUUGUAAAUAUUAAUUGAGGAAUUUAAAUGAGUUAAAAAAAAUUAUGUGAGAAUUCUUAUUGUUGUCUUCAGUAAUGGAAAUACAUUUUAAGUUAUGAAUUUGAUUACGAGGAAGGGUAUUUUUUAUGUUCUUUUAUAUUUUUUAUAACAUACAAACAUCAGACAAAUACUAGGAUCCCAAUUAAAUGAUAGUUUAUAAUAGUGGACAUUUUGGUAUUAUAUCGUUACAACUUGUAUUCUUAAAGUCUGUAUAAUAUGGAAUAUACUUACAAACAGAACAUUAAUUAAAUGUGCUGCGUCUUGAUUGAAGGAAAAUCUUCAAU